UCAAAGAAGACAAAACUGCGUAAAAUUUGGCGACUUGGAGUCUGGUCAACUAUGAACUUUCGGCUCCUUGAUGACCUUUAAUUGGGGGAAUCCGCUUCCAAUUUCUCUCUAAUCGCUACCAGACAAUCACUACCAGCCGUCGCAACCUCAAAUCUCCACUGGCCACGGACGAGGGUUACGUUUCUUUUUCCUCCUUUGAGAAAAGUCAUAAAAGGCGUUCGAUUCGAGCUCCACUGUUGCAAAAGUUGCACAUGAGGUAAAUUUCGGGGCUGUCCCUUGUGUGAGAGUUCCUCGAGUGUAUCGUAGCUCAAAUUCUCGGAUCCUGUAUCUUGACAAUGGAGGAUUUCAAAUCCAACUCCUAUGUGGAUGGAAGAAUGCAGAUUGAGAACUACUAUGGAAACGAAUCAAGAGGAGGACCGAACGGUUCCGGCGGAAUGGGUAUGCAAGAUUUUCGUUGUUACAGUGCGUCGUAUGCUUCGUCUGCGAAUCCAACUCAGAUGGGGAAUGAUUUGAAGCUCAAGAAAGGGAAAUCGACGAAUGGAUUCUCGUCGAAGAGCUGGAGUUUCAACGAUCCGGAGAUGCAGAGAAAGAGGAGGGUUGCUAGCUACAAGGUUUAUACUGUGGAAGGCAAAGUCAAAGGGUCUUUUAGAAAGAGCUUCAGGUGGCUCAAGGAAAGAUGCUCUCGGAUGGUCUUUGGAUGGUAACGAGCGGCUUAAAUUGGCACCUUGACUAAUCUAACAUCACAGUAGCAUGAUCCAACAACAUUAGAGGUAGAAAACUUAUAGGAAUCUUUAAUUUGUCUCUUUUGCUGUUUACAAGAGACGAAUUAGGAAUCUUUAUCUUUAUUUUUGAGAAUAUAUCUACAACAUCAGUGAGAAUUAAAGUCUGUUUUUGUGAUUAAAUUUGCUUCCUUUUUUGGAUUUGCUCACAACAUCAUGUUGUGCAUCAAUAUUUUCUUCAUGUUUUGCUGUUCUUAGUGUUGUAUUGCCUAGAAUGACAACAAUAAUAUUGAUAUUUUUAUGCAUCGCAAAA